GCCGGAGGGCCCGGAUGUGCUGCCAUUGGAUAGAGCAAUGGAUUGCAGAAAACGAGAGAAGGAAGGACGCAGACCGACAGCAGACAGCAGACAUGGAGAUCGCCGUCGUCCACUGCAACAAAUAAAUCGGACUCACUCGGCCGAGCGGAUCGCUGGUCCAUUGACAGUAGUCUGUAGCAGUAGCGGUAGGAGUCGUAGCUCAGCAGCAGCAGCAGAGUGAACGAGCUGGAGAAGAAGAAGAAGAAGGUGCAGCCCAAUCUUCUCUCAGGCAGCUGGAACAUUAGCAGCAGCAGCAGCAGCAGCGAGGAGGCUCGGACGAACUGACCGACACGGAGAAAGGAGGUCGUAGAUGGUGUGGCGGAUUGGAGCUGCUCCCGCUGCUGCGUCCGUGGGCUGUGGACUUCGUGUGGAUUUUUUGGCGGGGGAGCAAUGUGCUAAAAGUGUCAGUCAGCCUUCAUUUCGGGGAGGAGCUGCACCAGCACCAGCACCAGCAUCGUUGUCGUCGUCGUCAUUGUCCUCGUUUGGGGGUGGCCGUAAGCAACGCAUGAGAGUCCAGGAGGUUUUGGUAGGGGUUGCAAGGUAUCGUCCUUCUUUUCGUGACCAGCAGCAGCAGAGGCAAAAGUUGCAUCCGAAUUGUUUUUUAUCGCAAAUGUUAACCCCAAGAGCAACUACCUUAUGUAGUAGUAGUGGUCAGGUAGUAAGUUGUGCGAAUGCAUUCAUCAAUGCGCGGAAUUUAAGCUCAAAUUGUCAGCUUAGGAGGGAUAGGAAGCAGGGCUAUGGGCAUGGGGCUAUCCUGCGACAGGGCGAGAGGAUUUUGGGCCCCAGGGGUCUGGGACAGUGCGGAGCUCUCGUAGUCGGAGGAAGCGGAAAUUGGAGCUCUGUCAAGGGAUGCAGAUGGAAGCAGCAGCAGAAGAGAUCCAGGAUUAGGGUUCGAGGUGCCGCUGGUGAUGGAGAUGAUAAAGAAAGUGGGGCAUCGGUAACGACGGAAGAAAAGGAGCCAGAAGCGAAAGAAGUGAAUCAAUUGGUCGAUUCCACUCCGUCCUCUUCAUCAUCUGGCAGUCCUCCACCGGGCGACGGCGAGGAGUUACCAAUUCAAUUGCUUCCGCACGCAUUCAGCUUCGUAGAGCUCAUCGGGCCCGAGAAGGUGGAUCCCGAGGACAUUAAAAUCCUGAAAGAGAAGGUGUUUGGGUACACCUCAUUCUGGAUCACGGGGCAGGAGCCGUUUGGAGAUUUGGGGGAGGGAGUGCUGCUGCUGGGGAAUCUGAGGGGCAACCGGGAUGAGGUCUUUGCGAAGCUGCAGCGAGGGCUCAAGGAGAAAAUGGGCAACAAGUACGACAUGUUCAUGGUGGAGGAGCCGAACGCCGAGGACGAGGAUCCCAGAGGCGGCCCGCGAGUGAGCUUCGUGCUCUUGAGACAGGAGGUUUCCGACACAGGACCCACCACAUUGUGGCAGUACAUCGUCGCCAUCAUUCUUUUCGUCCUCACGGGCGGCACUUGCCUGGAAUUGGGAAUCUCAUCGCAAUUAUCCCGCCUCCCUCCCGAAGUAGUCCAGUACAUUACCAACCCCGAGACCACGGUGCCCCCCGACCUACAAGUCCUCGUGCCAUACGUCGAUUCCGCGCUCCCUCUGGCCUAUGGAGUCUUCGGAGUGCAGCUCUUCCACGAGCUGGGCCACAGGCUCGCUGCGGCGCCCAGGAACGUCAAAUUGGGCAUCCCCUACUUCAUCCCCAACAUCACUCUGGGAAGCUUUGGUGCUAUCACGCAGUUCAAGUCCAUCUGCCCGGACCGAACGUCCAAAUUCGAUGUCUCCAUGGCCGGGCCUCUCGCAGGGGGUCUGCUGUCUCUCGCCAUGUUCGGCGUGGGGUUGAUCUUGUCGACAAAUCCCGAGGCCAGCAGUCAGGUCGUCCAAGUGCCGAGCCUCCUGCUGCAGGGAUCGUUGCUGCUGGGCCUGGUGACGAGGGGUGCUCUGGGUUACACCGCCCUCCAUGCCACAACUGUGUCGAUUCAUCCGCUCGUGAUCGCUGGGUGGUGCGGAUUGACCACCACGGCCUUCAACCUGCUGCCGGUGGGGUGCCUCGAUGGUGGACGAGCCAUCCAAGCAGCUCUGGGCAAGACGGCAUUGAACAUCUCCGGGCUGAUCACGUACCUGCUGUUGGGGCUCGGUGCAUUGGGCGGGCCCUUGUCCUUGCCCUGGGGUUUGUACAUUAUUAUCGCACAGAGGUCUCCAGAGAAGCCUUGCUUGAAUGAUGUAUCGGACGUGGGCUCGUGGAGGAAGGGGUCGCUGCUGCUGAUCAGCUUGUUGGUGAUUGCCACUCUUCUGCCUGUUUGGGACGAGCUGGCCGAGGAGUUAGGAAUAGGAAUUGUGAACACUCUUCAAGUUAUGGACUAAUGCGAUCCGGUUCUCAUCUUCUUACUGGCUUUGUCGGCCACGGAUGUAAUCAUAGCAAUUAUACAAACUUCAGCUCUGGAUUUAACGUAGGCCUGUCUUUGUCGAGAGGGUACUUUGCACAUUGCAACUUGGUGUACAAAUUGAUUACAGAUUCAAGACCUGAGCCGAUCACCUGGUUCUGUUGAUAAUAUGUAGAAUUGCAAGAGACUGACAAGAAGGUGUCACAAGUCUGUUGCGGGUCGUAUUCUUUUUCGCUGACAGUCCUGUGAAUUCGGCAUUUGAUCUCUAGUUUUGUAAGCAUCAGUUUUCGUCGACGCAUCUCCAUCGAGUUUAGACUG